UAAACUCAUAUCAAUUUAAUUAUAUAUAUAUAUAUAUAGAGAGAGAACCCUCUUAAAUCAAUCUUAUAUACGUAGUAUGUAAUAUUGAGGAUCUUGUACAAUCCAAUUUUUUUUCCCCUUUCAAACAAAACUACGUUUUUUUGUUUCUCUCUCCUCACGCUACUUCUCUAUCCUCACGCUACCUGCUUCUCUCUCCUCGGCAGCCAAAACUUCAUCAGAUUAAAUCAAAAAAAUUCUCAGCUUUUGGAUAAAUUGUUAAUUAUUGAACUAUACCUGCACUUAGUGAGCAAAACGUGGACAAAGACUAUGAUGUGCUUUAAAAGCAUUUCAACUUUGAGGUGAAGAAAAUAACCACCACCUUACUCAGCAGUGGAAGUAAGGGCAGAGGAGAGCCACCGUACCAGAAAACUUGAGAUGACAACACCCAUGGAUGUUUAUCUCGAAACAGCUGCCAGAGAAGGAAAUGAAGGCUAUCUCAAUGAUAUUCAUUUACAAUCCAAUGGGGAAGAAAACGGAGAAGCAGCUCCAGAUGAGAGCUACUUCCUCGGUCAAACGUCAGACGGGGAAAACAUUCUUCACUUGGCAGCAAGCCGAGGCCACUAUGGCUUCAUAGUGAAGGCUCUGCUGAAAAUUCCGGCAGCAGUUCUUCUAAUCUACCGCAGCAACUCCCAAGGGGAAAACCCAUUACAUAUUGCUGCGAGAUUAGGUCACCUUGAAGUAGUGCAGGCGCUAGUAAAUUCUUACAAGUCUCACUUGCAGAAUGUCAAAGAUAAGAAGGUUAGAUCCACCAUGCUGUCACUCAUGGUGGUUGAAGAAGGUACCAGUCCCGAUCCAUGGGUAGUUCAAGAUUCAAGUGGAAACACACCACUACACGAGGCUCUCAGGAAUGGAUAUGAGGAGGUAGCAAUGUACCUGCUCGAUGUGGAACCGAGACUGGCUAAUUAUGUUAACAAUGCUGCAGAAGGAACCCCAUAUCUUUCUGCAGCAUAUGGUCAUGAGCAAGUUCUUGAGAAGAUCCUAACCUCAGAUGUUACCUACAGCUUAAGUGCGCCAGCUGGGUUGACUCCACUACACGCAGCAAUACACAACUGCACAGAGGAUGUUGUUAGACUUUUUCUAGCUAAACACCCAGAACUAGCAAAGAAAGCAGAUCGACGCAGGCAAAAUGCUUUGUACUAUGCAGCAGUAGCAGAUAAAGAGGGACAUGUGGAGGCAAUACUUAAGACAGAGAAAUCAUGUGCAUAUCUACGUGACGAGAAAGGUCUUAGUCCUUUACUUAUCGCAGCCAGUCUUGGCCAGUUAAAAGCUGCUCGUGCAAUUCUUCUCCAUUGUCCACAGUCAAUUACAAUUUGUGACCCUAAUGGCAAGACUGUGCUGCACCUUAUGAAAUUAGGAAGUUAUCAAGAAGGUACAGAAAUGCUCAGUAUUCCAGCACUGAAGAGGCUGAUUAAUAUACCAGAUAUAGAAGGAAAUACUCCUUUACAUCUAGCAGCAAGGAACUCUGACCACAUUAUGGCCAAGGUGAUACUAGAUACUGAUAAGACAGGAAUUAAUCUAAGGAAUAAAGAAGGUUACACUCCAUGGGAUUUAAUCAAACUACAAGAACUUUCUGAAAACAUGGCAGAAAUAGGAUACCAGCUAGUAAUGCAUUUAGAUGACAAACAAACACCUAGUCAACCUCAAGUGAUCAACCAAACAACACUUUGUCCAGAAAAUGCUAACGAAAGAAUGCAGAAAAAGUUCAGCACACUUGGAAUCAUAGCUGUAAUUUUAGCAGCUAUCACCUUUGCAGCAGGAUUCUCAAUCCCUGGUGGGUUUGAUCAACGUGGAUACGCUGUUCUGACACGGGAUACAGUUUUCAAGGUGUUCAUGCUGUCAAAUACAACUGCUAUGUGUGGCUAUACAUUUGUGUUAUUCAGUACUCUCUGGGCAAUGAUGCUUGCUCAGCGAGAUGAUCAGCCAAGAUUUCUUCUGCCUUUCAGCAUCCAUAUCCUUCAACUAUCUUUCUAUGCAACCUUGAUAGCUUUUGUGAGCAGUGCAUAUGCUCUGACAUCAGCUCGGUCACUAUGGCUGGCCAUUGUACUAGUGUGUUUACCUCCAUGUGCAGUUUUACUAACUAUUUCAAAAUCUGUUGUAUUUCGCCUAGCAAGAUUUUUUUCCAGGCUUCGGAUUUAUUAAAAUAGGAAGAGCUAAAUACUGUAGCAUUUGUUCUAGGACCUUACAUCUGAUCUGAUUCCUAUUAAUAUAAACAUACCACUAUGGAUCUGUCCCA